AUGAAGGAAGAAAACAAGCUCUUGUUUUCCUGCCUGGAAGUGGCUGCAGCCAAAACUAACACAGAUUCCUCUGGUGCCACGUCUGUCACCAGCAGUCACGCUCCUUCCGACGCCGCGCUCACCGCCUCACUUUUUUAUUUCGAACAGGGGGCUCCUCAACCAGUGCAGCAACAGAUGAAGUCAGAGGGGCAGCGGUGGCCGCAGGAGGUCGGGGAGGGCUCUCCUGGCAGACCAGCAAACCCUGAACUGGAGGAGGACCAGGACCUUCUUUUAACAGUGAUGGAUGGAAUGGAAUCCUUAUACUUUAAAAGUGUGCAGGAUCCUCAGCAUGAGAAGAUAAUUACUGUGACUACUAAUGGAAGUAUUCACAGCCCCAAGUUUCCCCACACAUACCCGCGCAAUACUGUACUAGUGUGGAGAUUAGUAGCAGUAGACGAAAAUGUAUGGAUACAGCUUACUUUUGAUGAAAGAUUUGGGCUUGAGGACCCAGAAGAUGACAUCUGCAAGUAUGACUUUGUAGAAGUUGAAGAGCCUAGUGAUGGCACUGUUUUAGGGCGAUGGUGUGGUUCCAGUAGUGUGCCAAGCAGACAAAUCUCCAAAGGAAACCAGAUCAGAAUAAGAUUUGUGUCUGAUGAAUAUUUUCCUUCUGAACCUGGAUUCUGCAUCCAUUAUACACUUCUUAUGCCACACCACACAGAAGCACCUAGCCCGUCAUUGCUACCCCCAUCAACUUUACCAUUAGAUGUAUUAAACAAUGCUGUUGCUGGAUUUAGUACUGUGGAAGAACUUAUCCGGUACCUUGAACCAGACCGGUGGCAACUGGAUUUGGAAGAUUUGUACAGGCCAACGUGGCAACUUCUCGGAAAGGCAUAUAUUCAUGGGAGAAAAUCAAGAGUGGUUGAUCUCAACCUCCUAAAGGAGGAGGUGCGGCUGUAUAGUUGUACUCCUCGAAACUUCUCAGUGUCAUUGAGGGAGGAGCUGAAGCGAACUGACACCAUCUUCUGGCCAUUGUGUCUUCUGGUUAAACGUUGUGGUGGAAACUGUGCCUGUUGUCAUCAGAGCUGCAAUGAGUGCCAAUGCGUACCAACAAAAGUCACCAAAAAAUACCAUGAGGUUCUUCAGCUGAAGCCAAGGAUUGGUGUCCGGGGAUUGCAUAAAUCAUUGACAGAUGUACCCUUGGAACACCAUGAGGAGUGUGACUGUGUGUGCAAAGGGAAUACUGAAGGAUAAACAUGAUUUAAUUGUGCUGUUUUCUUUCAAAGCACAUUCAAUCAAUGGCUGAUUCUAUUAUGGGGCUUGUGCAUUAUCUCCUCCUGUAAUCUCAGUUGUUUGCUUUGGGGAUCUUCCAUCUUCAAGAUUUACAGUGAGCUCUAAAAAGAGGAGAAGCCAAACUGGGAUUAUACGUUGUGUGACAGCUCUGGAGGCCCAGUGAAAGGAUGGGAGAAAGGCAUCAAUGAGGGAUUUAAAAUAUAUGUAUUGUUUUUGUCCCCCAGAAUUUUCUUGACAAUACACGGAUUUCCAAUUUAGGAGUAAAAAUAAAGUUAGAAGGCUCACAUCAUGGAGACUCGAUCCUGCUGGCUGUCUCAUUUCUACAGCUCCAGUACAUCUGGCCUCUGGUUGAAACACCUGAAAUCUAUCUUUCUGUGUUCAACUACUCCUAUGUACUCUAAAUCGAAGCAUUCUCUGUUGUAUAAACUUGGGUUAAAACAGACUGUCUUGUUCCGAUUUAAACUUAAUUUGUCUAAUGCUGGUAGGAAGGACUGGAUUUUUCCAUAUGCUCUAGUAAAGCUCCUGCCUUUUAGAAAGAAGACUGGACAAUAACGUGAGCUAAGGAAGCAAACAUUGAAAAGAACAGCGCCUUUAUUCUUACUACUAUGGCUGAUGAUUUAUUGUUUGUUUGUUUAUUAUUUUUUAUCGUGUACAUUUUUAUACUCUCCUUUUGACAAUAUAACUAUUUGCUUUUCUAAACUUGUUAAAUAUAUCUAUUUUUACCAAAGGUAUUUAAUAUUCUUUUUUUAUUACAACCUAGAUCAACUAUUUUUUAGUUUUGUAAGACUUUAAAGCCAGAUUUAUACAGUUGGAGGAACAGACGUGGUUACAAUGGGAAAGGAGCAAGACCUCUUUGCAGUUUGUUGCUACACAGUGAAAAAAUACAGGUUUUUUACCUGGAUGCACAGUAAUAAUAAACAGAGGUGUGUGGAUGAAGCUCUAAGCUUGCUAGCUCCAUGCCACUGAAAAUAUGAGAGACAGACAUUAUGAUAAGUGGUUUCAGAAGCUGACUUUAAAAAUUCCUUCUCUCCAUUCUGGCCUUUGUUCUGGUAGAAAAGAAAUAAGCAUAGAUAGAUGCAUACUGGCUUGUUUAACUCUUUAAUUUCUUUAAAGUAGGAUGAUCUACAACGUAAGAAAAGAAGUCCAGUGGCCUUCAUGAUGCAUCAUGGUCAUGGGAAGGCAGCCUUGUUAACGUUGAAGUGUAUGGUUUUCCAUUGGCGGUUAUAGCUGUUUAAAUACUGUUCACUCACAGGAUCAUAACACUUCAGUACAGUUUGAUGAACUAUGGUUUUGUUCUUCUGUACGUUAUAUUCUUUAACCAAUACACUUAUCCCACCCUAUGCAAAUUGAAAAGGAAACGGUAAAGUAUUUUGCUUGUAAAAUGCUUUAACAUUAUGCCUAGUUUAUUUUUUUGACUAUUGGAUUUGCAGAUUGUAAUGAAUCACCAAAUAAAGUAAUAAUGCUAAUUUUGGGAGAAUAAA